AUGUCUCAUCAAGCUGGAGAACUCCUUCGUAACUUACAACAAAAAUAUUUAAUUUCUAGUGGUGGAAUUCAGUCUUCAGUAAAAACUCGUUGGUCAACUACUUGGGAUUGUCUUGUUUCAAUUUUAAGACUACAACCAUGUUUAAUAACGGAUGUAGCAAAUAUAAUUGGCUCUCAAGAAUUUUUUAACGAUGUUGAAUGUUUAUCACAGAUUAUAUAUCCAGCAAAAGAAGCAAUCACAGCUGUUGAAUUUAAAUCAACUACUUUAGCCGAUGUUUAUAUUAAAUUAGUUCAAUUAGCAUCUGCAAUACAUCAUAUUCCAUUAGAAGCUAAUUAUAUUGAGUUUCGAAAAAUUUGCAUUCAAAUUUAUAACCGAAGAUGGGAUGAACUUGACUUUGAAAUUUUCAAAUUAGGAUACUUUUUUCAUCCUAAAUAUUGUGGUGCUGGAUUACAAGUUGAUGGGUUUCAAAAAUUAUUGGGUGGUGGUGAAAAAUCAGCUGAAGCAUUACUAAGUCAAAUGAAGGAUUAUCGUGAAUAUGUAAAACUAUACAAUGAUUAUUGGGUUGACAAUACUGAUACAUUAAUUAGUUGGUGGCAAAAUAUGGCGAAGAUACAUUCUUAUUAUAUUUCAAAUGUUGAUACUGAACUUACUCAUGCUGCACCAAAUAUUGAAUUGGAUGAAUUACGACAACAAGUCUUGAAUGCAACCUUAUCUAUGGGACUAAAGAAUGAAAUUGAAGAAGAUAUUUAUGCAGUAGAUGAAAUUGAAGAAGAACUUUUUAUAUUAGAAGAAAAUCAAAGUGAUGAUAUUCCUAUCGAAGGUGAAUUAUUGAUAAUCGGCAAUACUAUGGACUUAAAUUCAUCUAAUUUUAAAAUACAACCAUUAGCAUUAGAUAAUUGUAAUUCUGAAUAUCCAACAGACAGAUCUCGCAACCUAUUAAUCUCCGCAUCAAAUGAUGAUCUCAUUCGUAUCGAUAUCGAAAGUAUAACAUUCCUUCCUCAAAAAACUCAACUCUUCUCCGGAACCAUCACAGAUGAAACAGUAUUUGCUGACGUAACCACAAGUGUCGAAUGUACAAAUUUAGAAUUAUGCAUUAAACUUGGUGAAGAAGGUGUUUCUAUAAUUUUAGACCGUUACUUAGAAGAUAUCGAGUCAUCGGUGGAUGAUCUUAUAAGUGUACUCGAUAAUGAUGAAACGGAUGAUAUAGAUGAGAAAGAUUUAAAAGUUAAAGAAAUCAUUUUUAUAGAAAUUAAUCAAGUAGUUGGGUUCAAAAUAGAAAGUCGUAAUAUUUAUUUUGAGUUUGAUAAAGGAAUUAUAAGAGAGUCUAUUUCAUCGGCAACACAAAUACCAGAAGUAACAAAUGGGUUAUUGGAAAAUGCUACACUAAUGAUUGCUAAACCUAAGAAGCUAGUAAGCAAAGAUCGUUUGAUGAAAUUUAAAGAAGAGGAGGUGCUUUCUCGCAUAAACAAACAACAAACUGCCACCUCUUCUUUUGAAGCUACAUCUAAGAAGUUUUACUAUGAAAAUACUUUUAACCAGAAAAUUAUGAUAGUUGAUGAGGAAGACUGGAAACUUGCUAAAUGGGAAAGAAAGAG